GCACUCUCUAGGGCACUGAAGGGGUCCUUGUAGCCGCUACCGUUAGCUCAGCGGCAGCUAGUGAGCCAUUGGCUGGAGAGAGCCUGAGCAUCCUUCUAGAAACAAACGGCUGAAAAUAAAAGACACAGGCGGCUCUUAUACAGCUUAAAAUAAAUACAAGCACGGAAAUCUCUUUGAAGACAAAGAGUAUAAAGAUGCCUUCAGUGACGGUUGGAAGCAGUGCUGUCCAGUCCACCAUUCCAGACCUGGGAAAUGGAAGUCAAUGUGAGACGAUGAAGCAGGUUCUUGGUGUGAUUGACAAGAAGGUUCGCAACAUGGAAAAGAAGAAGUCUAAACUGGAUGACUACCAGGAUAAGAAGGAUAAGGGAGAGAGCCUGAACCAGGAUCAGUUGGAAGCUUUGACGAAGUACCAAGAGAUAACCUACAACCUGGAGUUUGCUCGAGACUUGCAGAAGAGCUUCCUUGCACUGGGCCAAGAGGUUCAAAAGGUGGUGAAGAAGUCUGCCAGGAGGGAACAGCUCCAGCGGGAGGAGUCGGAGCAACAACGACUGAAGACGGUAUUGGAGCUCCAGUUUUUGCUGGACCAGUUGGGAGAUGACAGUGUCAGGCAGGACCUCAAACGGCCGGAUGCCACUGGGUCCCCGUUACUCACUGAUGCUGACCUCACAUCGCUUGAUGAUUUCUACAAACUGGUGGGACCUGACAGGAACUACGACGUCAGGUUGACUGGCCAGUAUGAAGAGGCUUCACUGCACUUGUGGGAACUGCUAGAGGGCAGAGACAAGGCUGUCGCAGGGACCACAUACAAGUCACUGAAGGACACUCUGGACAAAGUACUGCUGAGUGGUUACUUUGACCGAGCACAGAAUCAUCAGAACGGGACAUGCGAGGAGGAAGAAGAGCGCGAGGAGCAGACUGUGGUUGCUGAGUCUAAGUCUGUGAUGCAGCCAUCAGAACCUGAGGGAACAGCCUCUGAAAAGUUCACAGAGCCAGUUGAAGUGGAAACCACAGAGUUCAUAAACAGACAGUUCAUUCCAGAAACUCCGUACAGCAGUACAAACAACGACCAAGUGGAGGAGUGGACAGCAGAGGCUCAGAUGGUGAAUUCCCUCCAGCACCAGGCACCUGUCCAUGUGGCUGCAGAACCACCUGAUACUGUGGACCAUGUGUCUCCAACUCCUGUCAGUGACCCUUUGGUUAGAAAGCAGGUUGUGCAGGACCUCAUGGCUCAGAUGCAAGGGACGUACAACUUCAUGCAGGACUCCGUGUUGGAGUUUGACGGUCAGGCUCUGGACCCCGCCAUUGUGUCUGCCCAGCCAAUGAAGCCUGGGCAGACUGUGGACUUGCAGCAAUUGGUCUGCCCCCCAUCCCUCUCAGAGUCCAGACUUGCUCAAACAAGUGCGGUAUCUGGACCACAGGAAUCCUCACAAGCUUCGAUGUCUCUCUCAUCUGAGCCAUCCCCAGCCCCAUGUCCCCUGUCCUCUGCCUUCCCACCUGUUUCCAAACCCUCCCAUACUGGAGGCAUCAAUGUCAACGCAGCACCCUUCCAGUCAGUGCAAGCGGUAUUUAACAUGAACGCACCUGUACCUCCAGCCACCGAUGGAGCAGCAGAUCCGCCCAGCCAGUUUCCUAGUGGCUAUGGACCCGGCUUCAGCAGCCAGUCAGAGAGCACUGUAGAGCAGACAGAUAUCCCACAGGAGACACUACAGUCAGUUGUUGGUGGAUUCCAGCCCCAGGACCAGGUCUUGUCCUCAGCAGCAGGACAUGAAGAUUCCCCCCCAGGCGCAGGGUUCGGUCAGUCAGGACAGUCCUUUUACAACAGCAGGGCCGUGCCCAGGGGAGGACCCAGGAACGCCCGCGGCAUGAUGAACGGAUACAGGGGCUCCUCCAAUGGAUUCAGAGGGGGGUAUGAAGGUUAUCGCCCUCCUUUUUCAAACGCUCCCAGCAGUGGUUAUGGUCAAACCCAGUUCAACACGUCUCGAGACUAUUCCAAUAACACCUACCAACGGGAGGGAUAUCAGCAGAACUACAAGCGGGGAGCUGCCCAAGGACCUCGAGGUUUGCCUCGAGGAAACGCCCAAGCGAUGCGAUCUUAAAAGGAUCGACCGGACCGCCAAGUCACGCCACGUUUGACAUUCAGGAUAUUUGAAUGUGUUCUCCCCAGCUCACUUUUCUAACAACGUUUGGUUUCUCAUCGGUAAUGUUAUUUUUUUAACUCCUGGCCUACUUAUCAGAGUCAGCCUGCUUCGGUCUGUCUAGAUCCUCUAAUUGUUUUAACACAAAAAUGCUGAACUUCACCACAUGUAGGAUUAUCAGCAACUCUGUGUGAUAUAAAACAACAUAUAGAUAUUCCUGUAAACUUGAAAGAUUUCAUUAAUUUAUUUUUUGUACAAAAUAAAUGCAAAAAAUACCCUGCCACUGUCGAUCUGAUCCCAUGAGAAUGAUUUCUUUUACCCUGUGCUGUCAGCCACUUUUUCUCUUUUCAUAAAGGCAUUAAAUGUUCUUUGAUUUUAUUUUAUUUUUUACCCCGUCACUUCUUUGGCCAUCACCUCUUUGUACGCUGAUGUUAUUGGUUCAGACUGUUUCAAUAAAGUUGUGUUCUAUUACCUCCGUUUAAUGACA